AUGGGCAAGGCCGCAAGGGCAGGUGUACGUGGCCUCCUGGAGGAGAUCGUCGUUUGGGAGAUCCUCGUUCGCCUGCCCCCCAAAGCCCUCCUUCGUUGCCGGGCUGUCUGCCGCGCCUGGCGCAGCGUCACCUCCACCCGAAAAUUUCUCCUCGCACACCACGACCACCAGCCCGCAUUCCCCCUCCUCGAUAACGGCAGUUAUCUAGACCUCGACAACGACUCCAUAGACAUCUGUUGCUUCGACCAUCGGCCAGGGCUGGCCGCCCCUGACCGGCUCCAGUCCGUCGCCUUGUUGAAUCUCGGUGACGAUAACGCCUACUCUCGCCUGGUUGCCUCCUGUGAUGGCCUCCUCAUCUUCUUCAUCGACGACUACCGCUUGUUCAUCUGCAAUCCGGCAACUCGUGAGCAUGCUCCCCUCCUGCCGCCUCCGAAUCAUCACUGGACGCUCCUGGCAAUGUACCCUCACACCCCGACCGGCGAGUACAGGUUACUGCUCUACCCGUAUGGGCGUAACCCAGGCAAUGAGCCAGCUCAUGCGUGCCAAGUCUUGUCGUUGGGCUCCGGCCAGCCGCCGAGGAACGUCGGGUGGCCAGAUGCGAUUUCAACUGGGAUUAUGAUGGAAUUAGACCCUCCUGUGCUAUUCCGCGGUAACCUGCAUUGGUUCCCGUCCCGUGAUGACAGCGAAAGCAAGAUGAUAAUGGUGUUCGACACCAUAUCUGAGUUGUUCCGGCAGAUGCGUGCUCCUGUUGUUACUGAUUGCGCUGACCUGUUUGAGAUAGACGGUAAGCUUGGCAUGGCCAUCUUAGAUCUUGAGACAACCAUUGAUAUUUGGAUGUUGCAAGACUACGAAAAGGAGGUCUGGAUCUUCAAUUGCCGGAUUGAAUUACCGGUUGCGGAGAUCAGGGUCCAAUGCGACAAUUAUGACGAUCAUUUGAAUUUGCAUGUGAUGGUGGUGCCUGGGGAUGGUGAGCUGCUCGUGCUCGUCAAAUUUACCGAGUGGCUACUUUGGGUUGGUAUGGAUGGCAAGUUGGUCUCCAGAUUACCCAGCAAAGAAGUCGAUGCUACUUAUCUUCAGCUCAAGCAAACUCUUGUUCCGCAUACCUUCUUUCCAACACUAGAGGGUUAUGUUGUGAAUGCUCCGCCAUUCACCUGA